AUGACAACGCUACAAACACCACAACAUAUUCUCUGGGUUCGCUUUUCUGUUUUGGUGACGCCAGAUGCUCAAAAUCUGGCCAGACUCCUUCAUGCAAAGGAUGAAUUCCGAUCGGAGAAUGGCCUUCGACUGGCCGGUAGACGGCCUACCGUCGCCAACCACGUUAGGCCGUCUGCUUGCCAGUAUCACAAAUUCACUUCCCACCAAUCAACUCCACCUUUGCGCUUUAAACUGCAAAAACCGUCCAUUAUCAUGAAUUUUCCCACCUCUGAAGAGCCACCACCAUAUAUUACCCAAAUAUCUCAGCUCCCCAUCAGAUAUCAAUGUGAUGUGUGCCCUCACAGCCGAAGCAUGAAAUUCUAUGCAGAUCAUGUUGCAUCACCAGCCCACUCUUCAGCAGUUCAGCGAUUCUUGACCAGACAAGCUGCGGACGGAGCUGCCCGUCAACAAUUUCAGCAAGAACUUCAGAGAGAUAGAUCCCCAACACCACCGGGGGCCAACCUGGACCUGAACCAUUUCUUUGAAGACCUUGACGAUGAUUCCAACCCACCUUCAAUUCCACCAUCACCACUGACUUUCCUCCGAUCCCUCAGGGACUCAGACCCCCAUGGCCUUGGCGGUGGAUCCGAUUCAGAUGACUCAGACAUGCACCUUGACUUUGAUAGGCUUCGUGAAGCAAUUCGUGUACUGUCGACUGAAGACUUUGAUGACGAAGCAGAAGAAGAAGACCAGGAUGCAGACGCACUUGCAAGAGAUCUGGCUGGUGUCAGAGCUGAAGAGGCUGAAGCUUGGUAUCCCUUCAAAAAGAAAGAGGAUCAAACAGGAACCUCCUCUCACGGACACAAUACCAGCGGAUACGUUCCAUUCUUCGUAUCUGUGAAGUCAGACUUCCUGAAUGGGGAACACUGCGGGAACUUGUCAAAAGAAUGA